GCUUUAAAUAUUUAAUCAAGUGGCCGUGGAAUUCUCGUUUUUCCGUGGCAAAAAUUAGCCACUAGACAGUCGGCGUUAGCGUAAACCGCUUCGAAUGAACGGAAGCGGCUUUCGGGAAUUUCCUUUUUGGACGUUCUGACCUCAGGAGACGCGAUUAGGAGUGGAUUAAGUGCGAAUUCGCUUGUUUGGAGGUUCAUACUAAACAAAUUAGGUUUGGUGGCUCCACACGUAGCUGCACUUCCACACCUCAAGCAUGUUUUUGUGGAUGUUCUUCAUCCCUUUGUGAUGUUCCGGGCAGUAUGGCUGCAGAGACGAUCAAUGCGCUUCCUGUGUAUGUAGGCCAGCUCCAUGUAAACGGUGUUAAAGGGCCAAAAAGUGGAAAUGUUGGACAUUUUUUACACAUUUGGAUGAGGGGAUGUCACACCCGCUGAAGAUCCCCUAAGGUGCUUUCUUGAGACUCUAAAACAGACUUCCUUUCAUUGAAAAAAAGAAUUUCAACUGCUAAAUAAAUUCAGAAAAAAAACAAACAUGUUCCACUUAAUUAAGAAAGACAAGGACAAGGAGAAGGAGUUUAGCAAGAAGGAAAAGAAAGACAAAAAAGAGAAGAAGGAACGGAUGUCCCAGGCUGAGUUGAAGAGCCUGGAGGAAAUGAGCAUACGUCGAGGCUUAUUCCACCUCAGUCGAGGGGGCUCCAAGAGGGACACGAAAAACAAGUUGGAGAUCUCCAACCCCAUCCCGAUUAAGGUGGCCAGCGGCUCAGAGCUCUCCCUGACCAGCCCAGAGGCAGAGCGCCUCCACGGCACCCAGCUGCAGGAUUUGGGGGAGACAUUUGGGAGCAGCUUUGGUCAAAAUGAGGAGGACGGGAAACUGGAACCUCAACGUAGCUCUGUUAAGGAGAGGGCAGCAAAGUUUGGGGAACUGGCAAAGAUCAAUGCGAGCCAGAAGCAGGUAAACGUACCUCAACUUAGCAAAGAGGGAGGCGAGCCUGCUCAGAACAAAACUUCAUUUGUCUCAAAGUCGUACUCUAAUGUAAAAGACGCUAUUGUGGUCAACAUUCCUGAAAUUGUGGAGAAAACCUUUCCGGGGGCCGACUUGCAGUUGCCCAUGCUUAUGGCUCCUCCUGAACCAAACCCUCGAGAACUCGAGAUCCAGCGGCGAGACACCGGAGAUUUCGGCUUCUCUUUGAGGAGGACCACCAUGCUGGACAGGCAGCCCGACGGAGGAGCGUCCCGACGCGUGGUGCACUUUGCAGAGCCCGGAGCGGGCAGCAAGGACCGAGCCUUGGGGCUGAUGCCGGGGGACAGGCUGGUGGAAAUCAACGGGAUUAACGUGGAGAGCAAAAGCCGGGAUGAAAUCGUGGAGAUGAUCCGUCAGUCGGGAGAGCUGGUCCGACUGAAGGUGCAGCCCAUUCUGGAGCUGAGCGAGCUGAACCGCAGCUGGCUAAGGAGCAUUCAAAGUCUGCAAAGAGAGGCCUUUGAUUCUAAGCCUGUUGAGGACCCUGUGGCCAUCCUUCAGGCAGCACACUCAGCUGCAGCUCAGGGAAAGACUGAGGAGCAGCUGAAAGCAGAGAAAACCUGGUACGGUACAGAAAAAAUAUGGCUCAUUCACAAGGAUGGAUUUUCUUUGGCAACUCUGCUGAAGACGGAGGCAGGCAGUCUGCCAGAGGGGAAGGUGAAAAUCCGCCUGGAGAGUGAUGGCUCUUUAUUGGACGUGGAUGAAGAUGAUGUCGAAAAGGCAAACCCUCCAUCGUUUGACCGAGUGGAAGACCUGGCCUCCCUGCAGUAUCUGAAUGAAUCUAGUGUGAUGCACUCCCUGCGGCAGCGGUAUGGCAGUAACCUGGUCCACACAUAUGCAGGGACCAACAUGGUGGUCAUUAACCCUGUUGGAGCCCCCUCCAUGUAUUCUGAGAAGGUGAUGCAAAUGUUCAAGGGCUGCAGAAGGGAGGACACCGCCCCUCAUAUUUACAGCAUUGCACAGGCUGCUUACAGGAACCUGCUAACCACUCGCCAGGACCAAUCCAUUGUCUUGCUCGGCAAGAGUGGCAGUGGAAAGACUACCAACUGUCAGCACCUCCUCCAGUAUCUAGUUACUGUUGCUGGAACCACCAACAAGACCUUCUCUGCGGAGAAAUGGCAGGCGGUCUAUUUGGUCUUGGAAGCUUUUGGGAAUGCCUCUACUUGUCUGAAUGGGAAUGCAAGUCGCUUCUCCCACGUUGCUUCUUUGGACUUUGACCAGGCGGGCUUGGUGACGUCUGCCUCUAUCCAGACUUUCCUUUUGGAAAAGAUGAGAUUGACAAGAAGACCAGAGGGAGAAUCCACUUUUAAUGUCUUUUACUACCUGAUGGCUGGUGUAGAUAGUUCUCUUAGAACUGAGCUUCACCUCAAUCACUUUGCUGACAACAGUGCUUUUGGGAUCAUGCCUCAAACUAAGGCAGAGGAGAAGCAGCGGGCUUCCCAGCAGUUCUCCAAACUGCAGGCAGCCAUGAAGGUCCUGGGCAUUAGUGCCGAUGAGCAGAGGGCCCUCUGGCUUGUCCUUGGGGCCAUCUACCACCUUGGAGCUGCAGGCGCUACUAAGACUGGCAGGAAACAAUUUGCGCGUCACGAGUGGGCCCAGAAGGCAGCCUACCUGCUGGGCUGCACCCUGGAGGAGCUUUCCUCCUCCAUCUUCAAGCACCAGGCCAAGGGCACCCUGCCCAGAUCCAGCACCAUCCGCCAGGCUGCUGACGAAAAUGGCUCAGCAGAUGCAGGAUCCAAAGCUACAGCCUUGGAGUGUUUGGAAGCCAUGGCAUGUGGACUCUACUCUGAACUCUUCACUCUUAUCAUAUCUUUGAUAAACCGGGCCUUGAAAUCUAGCCAGCACUCCCUGUGCUCUCUGCUGAUUGUGGACACGCCGGGCUUUCAAAACCCCAGGCUGGCAAAGCGCGAGUGUGGCUCAACCUUUGAAGACCUAUGCCACAACUACACCCAGGAACGCCUGCAGUCUCUUUUUUACCAGCGUACCUUUGUUCAGGAAUUGGAAAGGUACAAAGAGGAAAAUAUUGAGCUUUCCUUGGAUGAAACAGAACCCAGCACCUCUCAUUCAGUUACAGUGGUAGACCAACCCUCCAGCCAAACUCUGGUACGUACAGUUCGGACAGAUGAGGCGCGGGGUCUGCUGUGGCUCAUGGAGGAGGAGGCACUGCAGCCUGGGAGCUCAGAGGAAACUCUGUUAGGACGUCUUUUUAGUUACUAUGGUCCAGCCGAGGGUGACAGUAAAGGUCACACAGUUCUCCUAAGAAGCGAUAAGGAAAAUCACUUCCUGCUGGGCCACAGCCAUGGAACUGACUGGGUGGAGUAUGAUGCCCAUGGGUGGCUGAACUAUGCCAAACACAAUCCUGCCACUACAAAUGCUGUGAGCCUCUUGCAGGACUCCCAAAAGAAGAUCAUUAGCUCAUUGUUUAUGAGCAGGCCGGGGGGAGCAACAGUGUUGUCGGGCUCCAUCGCCGGUCUUGAAGGUGUUUCCCAGCUGUCACUGCGAAGGGCCACUAGCAUGAGGAAGACCUUUACUACAGGGGUAGCUGCUAUCAAAAAGAAGUCCCUGUGCAUCCAAAUAAAGCUUCAAGUGGAUGCUCUUCUUGACAUGGUGCGGAGGUCCAGGAUUCACUUUGUGCAUUGCAUAUUGCCUAAGGUAGAUGCUCUAAAGGCUCUUAGCGGAUCCCUGUUUAAAGCUGGGGAAUCUGAAACUCAACGAGAAACUGGCGACCCGGGCUUGAUGCAGCUGGAUGUAGCCUUGCUCCGCGCUCAGAUACGAGGGUCUAAGCUGCUUGAUGCUCUGCGUAUCUACAGGCAAGGGUACCCUGAUCACAUGGUGUUCUCUGAGUUUCGGCGACGCUUUGAUGUGCUGGCCCCCCACCUCACCAAGAAGCACGGGAGGAAUUACAUAGUGAAGGAUGAGAAGAGAGCUGUGGAGGAGCUUCUGGAGUCAUUGGAUUUGGAGAAAAGCAGCUACCACAUGGGUCUAAGCAGGUUGUUCUUCAGAGCUGGCACCUUGGCUAAACUGGAGGAACAGAGGGAUGAGCAGACCAAGCGCAAUCUAACCCUGUUCCAAGCUGCCUGCAGAGGUUACCUCGCACGGCAAGCCUUCAAGAAGAGAAAGCUUCAGGAUCUAGCUAUCAGGUGCAUCCAGAAGAACAUCAAGAAGAAUCGUGGUGUGAAGGACUGGCCAUGGUGGAAGCUCUUCACGACAGUUCAGCCCCUCAUUAAGGUCCAGCUCACAGAGGAGCAGAUGCACUUCAAAGACGAGGAGAUAAAGCAGCAGAAAUUGAAGUUGGAGAGAGUGGAGAAGGAGCGAAAUGAGCUGAGGCUGAACACUGAUCGAUUGGAGAGCAGGAUUACAGAGCUGCUCACCGAGCUUGCUGAUGAGAGGAGCACCAGUGAGUCAGCUUCCCAGUUGCUGGAGACUGAGACUGCAGAGAGACUCCGCCUGGAGAGGGACAUGAGAGAAUUACAGACAAAAUUUGAUGCAAUGAAGAAACAGAUGGAUGCUCAGGAAAUGGAGCUGAUGGAAACACGACUAAUGAAAACCUCUGAGCUCAAUGGAGAGAUGGACGAAGAUGAAGAUUCGGGAGGCGAGUGGAGGAUAAAGUACACCCGAGCCAUUCGGGAAAUGGACUUCGCCAAAAAAAAACUUCAGCAAGAGUUUGAUGACAAGCUCGAAACAGAGCAGCAGAGCAAAAGACAACUUGAGAGAAAGCUGGCUGAUUUGCAGACAGAUAAUGAAGAUAUGCAGCACUCCGUGCAGCAGCUGAAGAAGAAGAGCCAGAAGCUGUCUGCUGAGCUGCAAGACACCAAGCUUCAUUUGGAGGGCCUGCAGAGCCGCAACCACGAUCUGGAGAAGAAACAGAGGAAGUUUGACCUGGAGCAGAACCAGGCUCGGGAUGAGGUACAAAGAGAAAAGACCCAACGGGAGAAAUUGGCCCGCGAGAAGGACGCCAUGACCGGUGAGAUAUUUAACCUCCGCCAGCAGCUGCAGGACAAGGACACAGAGCUGUGUGCGGCGAAUGUCAAGUUGCAGCAGCUGGAGGCAGAGAUGCAGGAUGUGUCCUCUCAGGAGUCCAAGGAUGAGGCUUCGCUGGUCAAGGUGAAGAAGCAACUUCGCGACCUUGAGGCGAAGAUCAAAGACCAAGAAGAGGAACUGGAUGAACAGGCUGGAACCAUCCAAAUGCUAGAGCAGGCUAAGCUGCGGCUUGAGAUGGAGAUGGAGAAGCAGCGGCAGACCCACUCCAAAGAGAUUGAGAGCAAGGAUGAGGAGGUGGAGGAAAUCAGGCGGUCCUGCGGUAAGAAGCUGAAACAGAUGGAAGUACAGCUGGAGGAGGAGUAUGAAGACAAGCAGAAAGUUCUGCGUGAGAAGAGGGAGAUGGAGUCCAAACUGCUGAUUUCUCAGGACCAGGUGAGCCAGAGGGAUGUGGAGACGGAGAAGAGGCUGAGGAAAGACUUGAAGAGAACCAAAGUCCUCCUCGCUGAUGCUCAGAUUAUGUUGGACCACCUGAAGAGUAACGCCCCGAGUAAGAGGGAGAUCGCUCAACUGAAAAAUCAACUGGAGGAGUCUGAGUUCACUUGUGCAUCAGCAGUGAAAGCUCGGAAGGGCAUGGAGAUUGAAAUAGAGGACUUGCAUAUCCAAAUGGAGGAUGUCAUCAAAACAAAGAUGGCGUUGGAGGAACAAGUCAGCCGUCUGCAGAGAGAGAAGAAUGACCUGCAGUCUCGCAUGGAGGAAGAUCAAGAAGAUAUGAAUGAGCUGAUGAAAAAACACAAAGCUGCAGUUGCACAGUCUGCCAGGGACUUGAGCCAGAUCAGUGACUUACAGGCUCAGCUGGAAGAAGCUGCAAAGGAGAAGCAGGAGAUCCAGGAAAAGCUGCAUUCACUGCAGGGCCAGUUAGAGUUUCAAGAACAAUCUAUGGUUGAGAAGUCGCUCGUGAGCCGUCAGGAGGCCAAGAUCCGUGAACUGGAGACCAAGCUGGAGUUUGAGAAGACACAGAUCAAGCGCUUGGAGAGUCUUGUGGGUCGCCUGAAGGAGAAUCUAGAAAAGAUGACAGAGGAGAGAAACCAGCACAUAGUUACAGAAAACAGGGAGAAGGACCUAAAUAAACGCAUGCAAAGGCAGAUAAGAGACGUAAAAGAAGAAAUGGCAGAGCUGUCCAAGAAGGAGGCCGAGGCGAGCCGCAAGAAGCAUGAGCUGGAAAUGGACAUUGAGAGCUUAGAGGCAGCAAAUCAGAGCUUACAAGUGGACCUUAAGCUGGCCUUCAAGAGGAUAGGAGACCUGCAGGCUGCCAUCGAGGACGAGAUGGAGAGUGAGGACAAUGAAGACUUAAUCAACAGUUUACAGGACAUGGUGACAAAAUAUCAGAAAAGAAAGAACAAAACUGGGGAUGAGACAGACACAGAUUCGGAAGUGGAGGACCGCGUGGAUGGAGUUAAAUCUUGGCUCUCGAAGAACAAAGGCUCUCACAAAACCCUGUCAGACGAGGGAAGUCUGAAGAGCGCCAGAUAUGCAGCAAAUGCAGAUGCCAAGGAGGUGAAAGAAGGUAAGGAGAAGAUGACUGACGGGAGUAAAGAUGAAAAGGAGGUAGAACAGAACAGAUCAGUGUCUGUCAUGAGCUCCCUGAGCUACAGGAAACGCUCUAACCUCAAGGACUCCAUUGGGGGUACGGGAGACGAGAGUUCCCUGUUCAGCACACUUAAAGAACAGCCUGACGCACCAGACCUCUCCAUCCUUCGUAAAGCCAAGUCAAAGUCCGGAGAGGUUCAGGAUAAUAGGAGAAAGAACCAAGAAGAGGAAGAUAUGGACGACAAAGGCUCUGUGAUCUCCUUGGCCUACUCUGAAGCUGCCAGCAGAGCCAGGAAGGGGUUUGAGUCCCGCUGGACAUCCCGCAGCAGCCCUGAAUUUGAUAAGGAGUCUAUGGUGUCCUCUGUGGCUCCAAGCAGAAUUUCUACCAGGAGAGGCAUGUUGGACAUGGACGAUGACAAUAAGUCGACUAUUAGCAGCGUGAGCCGUACUAGUCCCCAUUCACUUCACCGCAGCACCUCUUGGAAGGAUGAAAGAAGAAGCAACUCUCGCUUAUCAGUCGCCCGUAGCUGUGGCCUCAGUGAAUUUGGUCUACACGUCGGUGAAGACAACGAUGACGAUCGUCAGAGUUUGGCUUUCAGAGAAGGGGGAACGUCUCCUUAUAGUCCCCGCUCCCACUGUCGCAGUUUAUCCACACCGGCUCAACCGCGAUCCUCAGACAGCAAUCAGCCAGAUACAUCAGACAUUAAACCAGUUACACAUCGGAACUACUUAGACCCCGACUUGGAGGCUGCGAUCAAUGAGGUUUUGAGCUUUAAACCCAUAAAGUUUAAGCGCAGUAAACUAAAUGAAUCUAGCGGUGAGGAGGAGGGUAAGAAGGUUCAAGGAAGUGAGGAGAAUCGGCGCAAAGGAGAUGAUGAGGAUUUGGCUCGGAGCACAUCAAGUCUGCUUCGCCCAAGGGCAAGCUCUGUUCAAGAUCGCAGCAUACGGCAUUCCAGCACCUCCCGGAGCCGUAAAGAUAAGAAAAGAGUCUCAUUGUCGGACUCCUCAUCCUCUGAUGAUCAUCAAGGCAGGAAGAGCAAACGAGGUAAAAAGGACAAAAAGUCCAGGAGGAAAUCUAAGAAGAAGCAGAGCGAGUCGGAGGAUUCCUCUUCCUCGUCUUCGUCCUCUGAGUCCUCCGAGUCUUCCUCAGACUCAACCCUUUCCUAUCGAAGUUCAAGCAGUGUCAAAAGGGUCACAAAACAGGCACAGGAUGAUGUUGGGGAGGAGCUUGAUGAUCCUUCUAACAAGAAAGAAACCAAGAAGAAACAGAAGAAAGUGAAUAGUCUGAUGAUGAAGUACCUCUACAAGCCUGACAGCGACUGAUACCAACAGAAGAAGCCCCCCUGUACACCGGAGACACCCAAGUCUUGGCAGAUCCGAUGAAGAGGAUGACGUGGACAGAGAGUCGAGCAAGCAGUCUGACAGGGAGCUACAGUGAAGCCUUAUUGACCGAGAGCGUGUCGUAACCCAGAGCCCCGCAAACUCUCGGGAGGGAAACUCUCUUCACCCUUUAACUAUAUUACCACUGCUGGGCCGGCAAGAACAGAAGAGAGGCGCAUGGACAUUUCAUCUGGAUCGUUAUGGAGCACCCCCUAAACUGUGCUGCUUCAGUUCCCGCUGGCAGAAGACAUCGAGUCACUCAUACAUAACAUCAAAGUUGAGGACUAUCAGAGGAACUUUCAUCCACUGCUUUAUUUAUAAGAGCUUCUUUUCAGACAAAUUUAAGCACUCGUCUGCACUCUUCCUCUUUACACUUAGCUUUGCCAAGAGGAUUUAGAUAAGCUUCCUCUGGCUGGAUUUCUUCAAGAAGGUCUGACCAACUGUUAAGGUUAUCCUUAUCCUCCCCCUUUUUUUUAUCUGUACUAGCACUGAGGGAGGAAUAACUCAUUUUCAAUUAAUUGUCUUGCUGUAGGUUCACUAGCUUGUUCCACGCUGAGAUAUCUGGUCUUUAAACAUAGUGAUGCUGAUUGUGGACAUAAAAUGAUAACUGAGAAUAAUCCCUAUCAGCAGAACUGGUUAAUGGUUAAACAUGACCACUUCAAUUGCUUCGAUAUGGUUUAAAUUUGGAGUUUUAAAGGUAUUUGUAUUACUUAUGGAUGGUCUCUAUAUAUUUGGAAUCUGAUGGUUUGCAUAAUAUUCGAAUGAAAGAUUUUCUAAAGCUACUUAAAAAAUUAUAUUUAGGAGAAAGUCCUAUUUCUGGUUUAUCCUUAAGUGGAGUCCAUGCUAGAAGGCCUCUGGUUUGUUUCGGAUAGAAUAAUUCUUAAAGUUCAAAGGGAAUUCAUUUAUUUGGUGUUCUACAGGAGUUUCUCACAUGGCUUGUUAGACCUUUCAGAUACAGAAAUAAAUAGAAUCUUUUUUAAGGUGCAUAAGGUGGGGAUUUCUUCUGUUGGUGAUAAAUGACUGCUCCUUUUAGUGUUGUUUUUUUUGGCAGAACAGCACUGAAAAGUUUGCAUUUGUUUGCAGUAUUCUUUGUUACUGGUCUCAGCUGCACAAUACUGCAGUGUCUCUCAGUGUGUUACUUUAACAAGGUGCCAAAUAUUGUUGUGGAAAUCAUGUAACUCCACUCCGCGUGUGCGUUUAUUAAAGUGAGGAAUUUGAUCUGAGGUUUGAUUUCAGCGGUCAAUAACAUUAAAUAAUAGACACAUUCAUUAUUUGGUUUAUGAAUAACUACAUUUGAAUUCUUCACAGGUGAAGUGAAUAAAUUGUCCCCCAAGUAUAAAGCACUAAAAGAAUCCGAGCUUUAACAGUUUGUGUACAUGCAAACCAAUAUAAGAUGUUGUCCCAUUGUGCUUCUAUACCAAAAAAGACAGUCAUGUAAACUUGAUUUUCUGGUUAGAUUAGCACAUAGUCACGUGUUUGGAAAAGCCUUAAGGAAUAUGCACAUUUUUUUGAGUAUUUUAGGACUUCAAUGGCCUGUAUUUAUUGCUCAUUAUAUCUUUUAAUGGUUUCUGCUUUCCAUCCCCUGACAGAGUAGCAAAAAAGAAACUUGUUCAGGAAUUUUCUGUCUUGCAUAACUUUUUCAGCGUUUGCAUAAGAAUCAGACAAAAAAAUAAAAUGUCUUUUUUUUUUUUUGCUAAUAAAAAUAUCUAAUACAAUGCUUGAAAGAA